AAUAAAAUGGUACAACAAUGGGAACUGACGGAGGCGGAAAUUAUUGAAAUUGCAAAGGAAUUCAAAAGAGUUAAGGAUAACACAUACUUAGAUCAUGCUGGUACCACUCUAUACAGUGAGCGUCAAGUGGAUGCGGCGUGUAAAAUUCUUAAGGAGAAUCUGUUUUGUAAUCCACAUACAUGUAAGAUAACAGGUGAUAUGGUGGAUCAAGUUCGUUAUCGAAUUUUACAUCAUUUCAAUGCCGAACCCAGUGAAUACAGCUGUGUUUUCACAGCAAAUGCAACGGCGGCCCUUAAAUUAGUCGCUGAAACAUUUAAUUUUACUUCCGAAGAUGGGAAAACUACGGGAAAUUUUUAUUACUGCCAGGAAAAUCAUACCUCAGUGUUGGGCAUGCGGGAAUUGGUGAAAACACCUAGUCAGUUUGUUUUGACCAAAGAUGAAUUAUUACUGAAUCUAAAGGGGAAUAAUGACAAUUUUGCUGUUGCAUCAUCUAUGGAUCAUGAUGGCAAAUCGUUGGUAGUCUUUUCGGCCCAGUGUAAUUUCAGUGGUUAUAAAAUGCCUUUGGAAUUGAUACCAAUUAUUCAACAAAAUGGUUUAGUUCGUGAAGGUUUGCAGGUGUCUGGCCCUAAAGCAAUGGAAAAAAGAAUUUCAGGAAACUUUUAUGUGUGUUUGGAUGCUGCUUCAUAUGUGGGCACCAGUUAUUUGGAUUGUUCUGAAAUAAAACCGGAUUUCAUUUGUGUUUCGUUUUACAAAAUGUUCGGUUAUCCCACCGGUGUUGGAGCUCUCAUAGUAAGCAAACGUGGCCAAGAAGCAUUGGAAAAACGUUAUUAUGGUGGUGGCACGGUUAACAUAGCAAUGACCCGUGAAAAUUUUCAUGAAAAACGUUCCGCAUUUGUAUCCCGCUUUGAAGAUGGCACAUUGCCAUUUUUAUCAAUCGUUUCUAUACUAGAGGGCUUUAAAACAAUCGAACGCCUAAUACCACCCAAAGAUGGAAAAUCUAGCAUCGAACGUAUUAGCUGUUAUGUCUUCGAGCUGGCUCAGUAUGCACAUAAAAAACUAUCUGCCCUCAAACACGGCAAUGGUGAACCAUUAUUAAAGUUUUACAAUCACAAUGGCUAUACGGACAGAAAGUACCAAGGAGGCAUUUUAUCAUUUAACAUAAUGCGUAAGGAUGGUUCAUAUAUUGGCUUUGCUGAAGUUGCAUGCUUGGCGGCGGUGCACAAUAUUCAAGUGCGAACUGGCUGUUUUUGUAACCCCGGUGCCUGUCAAUGGUUUUUACAACUGAGCAAUGAUGAUAUCCGCAAACAAUAUGAGUCGGGUCACAUAUGUAGUGAUUACAAUGAUCUGGUGGAUGGCGUUCCCACGGGUGCUGUACGUAUUUCCAUUGGUUAUAUGACACGCAAGGAAGAUCUUGACCAAGUUAUAAAGAUGAUAGAAAAAUGUUAUUUAAGCACAGAAGGCGCUGAAGAACGUUUGGCUUUCAUUGAUAGAAAUAAAUUACCCGAGGCCCUACAACACGUUCCCGAAAGAUUAAAACCUCAACUAAAAAAGGUAUGUAUCUACCCUAUAAAAUCAUGUGGUGCUUUUAGAAUUCAAGAAUCAUGGCCAUUGCAAUCUACUGGUUUAUCAUAUGAUCGUUGCUGGAUGAUAGUGGAUUCCACGGGUAUGGCCAUAACACAAAAACAUCAUUCCAGAUUAUGUCUUAUAAGACCAGUAUUACUUUUACACAAAGGCCUAUUGGAAAUUAAUUUCCCUGAUAUGCCGUCGGUUUAUGUUCCCAUUGAAAUGGAGGAAACCAACAAGAAUAGCAUUGUGAACUCCACUCUAUGUCAGAGUAAAGUUUGCAAUGACUUGGUUACAGGUUACGAUUGUGGCGAUGAUGUGGCCCAUUGGCUAGAAGAUUGUCUGGAAACACCGGGAUUACGUCUAGUAAAACAACACAAACAACGGAAGUCACAAGAAGGAGGCACAAAAGAUAUAUCCCUAGCAAAUCAGGCACAAUUUUUACUUAUCAAUCGUGCCUCCGUUCAAUGGUUGUCCCAAAAGGUAACAACCGAAAAAGAACCCUUACAAAAUACCAUCGAUCGCUUUAGAGCUAAUAUUAUCAUAGAGACCAGCGGUGCCUUUGAGGAAAAUGAUAUAGAAACUUUAACCAUUGGUGAUGUUACAUUUAAUGUUGAAGGAUUUUGUACACGUUGUCAAAUGAUAUGCAUUGAUCAGCAUACGGGACAAAAGACAGCAGAACCUUUGCGCACAAUCGCUCGUGAAUUUGAGGGUAAAAUACGUUUUGGUAUUUACCUAUCGUUAAGUGAUAUUCCCAAAGAGGGAUCAUAUUUAGCAUUAGACAAAGAA